GUAAACAGUUAACGUUUUGACAGACAGCUGCUCUCGGAAUGAAUAUUUAUUAGAGAGAAAACUGUGUUUUUUGUAACAAUGUCUGCAGUCCAUCUGCUGAGAACAUUGUUGAAACAAAGACUGUCUGCCGCUGACGAAGAGAUAUUUGCGUUAUUUGAAAGAACAAUAGCAAAUUACGAAGAAGAAAUUUGUCGCUUAAGAGAAGAAAACAAACGUAUGAAAAAACAAGCUGAUGCUCAUUUCAAGCCCGAGGUUCGCUCACACAGACCAGACAUGCAGCAACUUUUGGAAAGUAAAGAAGGCAUUCUUGCUGAACAGCUGGAAUGGAAUCUAUGUCUGGAGCAGGAGGACUCAAUGCCACCAACUAUUAAGGAAAAAUGCAAGCACCCCUGGAGAAGUCAGGAGAAACAGUACCUUCAUCGGAUGGUGGAGGCUGAUAUCACCCCUUUGAAGAGUGAAAACGACGAAGAAAUUCCACAGUUAUUACAUCUUCAUCAGAAACACAGUGAUGACAUCACAGAGGCAGAGCCUCCAAGAUUUGGCUGCUCUGAAUUUGACAUGCAGCAGCUGUUGGUGAAUAAAGAAGACAUUCUUUCUGAGCACCAGGAGGGGACUCUGAGUGUGGACCAGGAGGAAUCAAUGCCUCGAAACAUUGAAGAGGAGCAGGAGGACAAUGUCACCAAUUUCCCUUUCAGUGUUGUCCUUGUGAAGAGUGAAGAUGAUGAUAGCCUUCAUCAAGAUCAAACUGAUGAUAUCACGGAGGCAGAGUCUGGAGGAUUUGGUUACUUUCAGCGUGACAUUCAGCAGCUGUUGAUGAGCAAAGAAGACAUUAUUGCUGAACAGCAGGAGUGGAAUCCAAGUCUGGACCAGGACGGCUUAAUGUCCCUAAACAUUAAAGAGGUACAGAAGCAACUCUGGACAAAUCAGGAAGGACAGCAACUUCAUCGGCUACAGGAGGCUAAUGUUGAUAAGUUUCCUUUAAGUGUUGUCCUUGUGAACAGUGAAAAUGAUGAAGAAAAACUGCAGUCACCACAGUGUCAUCAAAGCCUAACUGAUGACACUGAUGAGAUCACAGAGCGAGAAUGUCAAAGAUUUAAGUGCUCUGAAUGUGGUAAAACAUUCGGACAAAAGGGUACUUUGAACGUGCACAUGAGAAUUCACACAGGAGAGAAACCAUAUGGCUGCUCAGAGUGUGGCAUAAAAUUUGGACGAAAGGGCAGUUUGGUUGUACAUAUGAGAAUUCAUACAGGAGAGAAACCGUUUGGCUGCCCUGAGUGUGGUAAUAGAUUUCGAGAAAAAGGGAAUCUUACCACACACAUGAGAAUUCAUACAGGACAGAAACCAUUUGUCUGCUCUGAGUGUGACAAAAGAUUUUCUCAAAAGGGCAAACUGGACAUACACAUACGAAGUCAUACAGGAGAGAAACCAUUUGGCUGCUUUGUGUGUGGUAUGAGAUUUCGAGAAAAGGGCUAUUUGCUCAAGCAUGUGAGAGUUCACACAGGACAUAAACCAUUUGGCUGUUCUGAGUGUAGUAAAACAUUUACCCAAAAGGGUGACCUGAAUAAACACAUGAGAAUACAUACAGGAGAGAAACCAUUUAGCUGCUUUGUUUGUGGUAUGAGAUUUCGAGAAAAGGGCUUUUUGAUCAAGCAUGUGAGAGUUCAUACAGGACAAAAACCAUUUGGCUGUUCUGAGUGCAGUAAAGCUUUUACCCAAAAGGGUGACCUGAAUAAACACAUGAGAAUACAUACAGGAGAGAAACCAUUUUGCUGCUCUGAGUGUGGCAAAAGAUUUAAUCAAAAGGGUGAUCUGAACAAACAUGUAAGAAUUCAUGAGGGAGUGAAACCAUUUUGCUGCUCUGCCUGUGGUAAAACAUUUGUGCAAAAGUGGCAUUUGAAUGUACACAUGAGAAUUCAUACAGAGAAGCAGCAUUUAGAUCAUAGACCUGUAUAUGCAGCUGGACCGUUCAUGGCCAACUGUGACGUGGUUCAUAAAUUGUAGCUUCCAGCUACUGACAGACAGUGGUCAGAACAAAUCUGUACAGCUGCAAGUAAUUGUUCGGCGGUUGUUGUUUUUGUUAUUUUUCUUGUCUGUCAAAUGAGUAAUACUGAAAAUCUCGUAAGUGGUGCUGUCAGUAUAUGUGUAUGUACUCAUAAUAUUUAUCACAUGGCAAUGUAUUGUUUUCAUUUAAUAUAAUUACAGGCUGCCAUUAUUACUGGUAGUCUAUAUUCC